UCCUGCGUUGUCUCUCCCCAGCUGUGGGUUGGCAGGCUCAUCCUCUACUCCUCAGUGCUGUACCUGUUGACCUGUCUGGUCGUCUACUGGCUCUAUCUCCCUGAGCCAUGGAUCCAGAGGAUUGCCAUGGCCCUGCCGUUCUUCAUGGUUCCUGUGCUGGUGUGGUUCUCAAGGAAACUGCUGGUCUAUCUCUUCUCCAAACGCACAGAACGAAACAAUGAUAAAUUAGAAGAUUUGAAAGUUUCCAAAAGAAAGAUUCUGGAGGAAGUGAUGGAAACGGAGACCUACAAGAAUGCCAAGCUCAUCCUAGAACGCUUUGACCCUGAGGCCAAGAAGAAAGCGGAGUUGGAGUCAACUCCAGUGCGUCUCCAGAUGACUCCACGACCAGGACAAGAGAUUCGUCAGAGGGGCGUGGCCAUGAGGCCCAUGCCGAUGGUGGGCCCGGCUGGUAUGGUGAUGAUGACUCCGCCCCUGGGGGAACGCCCUCCAAUGGCCCCGGGCGCCACACCAAUGGCUCCAGGGGGUCCCCCUGAGAGAUCUGCUCUGUCAACCCAUGUCCACCAGGGGGCCAUACACAGAACACCCUGCUCUCCCAUCCCAGGUGAAGGCAUGCACCCUCCUGGGCCUCCGUUAGCCAGGCCUGUCCUGCCCAGAGAGCGAGGCACGGUGGACCGCGUCAUAGAGUACCUGGUGGGAGACGGCCCCCAGAACAGAUAUGCUCUCAUCUGCCAGCAGUGUUUUUCUCACAAUGGGAUGGCUCUGAAAGAGGAGUUUGAAUAUAUAGCCUUCCGUUGUGCGUAUUGUUACUUCAUGAACCCGGCCCGCAAGACGCGCCCCCAGGCCCCCAGGCUUCCAGAGUUCAGCUUCGAGAGGAGGCUGAGGGCCGAGUCCCCUUCCCCAGGGCCGGUGCCUCAUUCCGGCUCAGAAACAGAGGAGAGUGCCACACCGUCUGGAGCUAGGGCCCCGACUCCAUGGACCUCUGUCCACAGCUUUAUCCAGAGCCAGCAGCCCCCAGAGCACCCUCUGGCACAGCCCCUGCAGAAUCCAGACGAGAGGGAGGUAGGGGAAGAGGAGGAGUCUGGCAGGCAGGUGGUGGAAAACAGCCAAUCAGAGGAGUCCCUGCAGCAGAAAGGGGAGGAGGAGGAGGAGCAGCAGCGUGCUGAAGAACCAAUGGAAGAAGCUGGAUCGGAGGAGGCUCCUAGCGAAGGCCAAGAAGCAGAAGUACAAGCGUCAGAUCUGCAGGAUUCCUUCUAGAAAAUCUCUCCUUCCAGAAGAAAAGGUGCUGAUCAGACAUACGAACUGAGGAGCAUGUCUCAGAGGGCUUCUUCUUCAGGUGCCAGUCCAACACAUGAUGAAGGCCAUUCUACCAUGGGAUUCAACUCAACUAAACACAACUGUAGUCUACCAUUGUUUGUAUGUUUUGGCACGUGCACUAUGAGUGAACCAACAAUAGAUGAAUACACAGCACACUUUUUCAAGCUUUGUUUUCACAGUCGCUUUAAACGCAGAGUAAUGCUACCAUGUUUCAGUACCGUAAACACGUUAACCGGGCCUGAAGUCAUCAUCGGAUUGGAAUUCUUUGUUGGAUAAUUGACUACUAUUUGGGGUUUGAAGGGGUACUAGUAGGGGCUGCCAUUGGGGUACCACGCAUACUAUGAAUUAUUUAUUGUAUUUAUGCUAUUUGUAUAGAAUAUGUAGCAUAUUCUGGAACAUUGUUCUGAUUUCUGAUUAGUUUUAAGAUAUUUGAUAUGUUGACUAUAGCAUGGGCUUGCCUUAACGAUAAUUUAAAGUAACUGCAAAGUAGAAUUAUGUAAUCAUUGUCUCACUUUAUUUGGAUCUUAAACACUAUAUUUAUUGCAAUCUUAAUUAAAUCCUCACAUUGUGUCUGAGGGCGAUACUUAUGAUGUGACCCGAAGGAGGACAUUGGUUUAUGAGCUAGAAGUCAUGAAUAGAACGGUCUCCAUCCCGUCUACCAAAGACUCCAACAAAACCCUCUGUUAACCAGAUGGUCAGGUUCAACUGAUAAAAAUAAUCAGAGAGGUAAAUACCACUAGUUUGGACCUAUUCCUGUGUGACGCACAGAAAUGGACAUGCACGACAGAAUACUGAAUACUAAAAUGUGUGCCGGUUUUUUCUGUCAAUUUAUUUCUCCCAUAAUCAGAAUGUAGGAUCCUGUUAUGGUCUUGUCAACAUAAUAUAACAUCAAUCCAUAUGUACAUAUUAUCUUGCGUUUUAAAAACUUUGUGCAUGUAUUUGACGAUAGGCACUAAGAUCACCCAUAUCCACAGUGUAACUCCAGUACCUACUUUUCAUCUGAAAUAAGUUUAUUAAGGGGUUUCUUUUGAGCUAAUUAAUCUGCUUUAUCUAAACCAGUCAGUUUAUGUCUACAGAAGCCAGCUGAUCUUCAUCAUACUUGUACAUUGUUUUCAGACACUUUCUGAAAAUAUUAUUUAAUUGAUUUAGAAAUGAGUCCUAUUCUAGCUAUUCUAGGUGAUUUUACUCUAAAGAACAAUUUACUCUAGGCUACAUGCAUCCAGGAUUCCUGCAUGUAAAGAGUCUGCCACUGAAACCAGUCCUGGUGUGAGAGGGUUGGGUGACGCUUUGUAUGUACGCUUUUGUUUGUUAGCAAGCAUUACUUGAGGCUUUUUAGCGUUAUAGCAGUCACUGUUCUAGCAUAUAGAUAUUCUUUCAGAUAACCAUUAUUGUUCUGAUUGUUUUGGUUGGCACCUUUUGCAGUCCCUCUGUGUGCCUUGGCUGCUAUAUGUGUUUACAUUGUUUAUUAUUUUAGCACUAAUGUAAAGCAGAUUACAGUCGAUUUAACCCUGAUGGCAAUGUUGGCCUAAUUAUUUAUCAAAACGCUUUUUAAGCUCUCCAAUGCCAUGUCUGUUGAAUUAGGUUUUCAAGCAUAUGACUGCUUUUGCACUUUCAGUAUUUUACCAAUUCUGGAUUUACUGUGUUUGCCAUCAAAUACACUUUGGAAACAUUGCAAUUGA